GGGCCUGUGGUUGCAGAAGCUAUGUUUGUAAAUCGUGAAGAAAUCCCGGUGCAUCCCAUAUAUAGAGAUCCUGUCCAUGAUUUUGGCUUCUUUCGUUAUGAUCCUGGUGCGAUACAAUUUUUGAGCUACCAGGAGAUUCCUCUUGCUCCUGAGGCUGCUUGUGUUGGACUAGAAAUCAGGGUUGUUGGUAAUGAUAGUGGUGAAAAGGUCUCAAUUUUGGCUGGCACUCUUGCUCGAUUGGAUAGAGAUGCUCCUCAUUAUAAGAAGGAUGGUUACAAUGACUUCAACACCUUCUAUAUGCAAGCUGCAUCUGGGACUAAAGGAGGUUCAAGCGGUUCCCCUGUCAUUGAUUGGGAAGGAAGAGCAGUGGCCUUGAAUGCUGGAAGCAAAUCCUCAAGUGCAUCUGCAUUUUUCCUUCCUCUAGAACGAGUGGUGAGGGCGCUUAAUUUUCUGCAGAAAGGUUGGGAUUCAUCUGGAAAUAAAUGGGAGGCUGUCACUAUUCCUUGUGGUACGCUUCAGGUGACAUUUCUUCAUAAAGGAUUUGAUGAGACACGCCGUCUUGGUCUCCGGAGUGAAAUAGAACAGAUGGUUAGGCAUGCAUCUCCUAUUGGUGAGACUGGAAUGCUUGUUGUGGAUUCUGUGGUGCCAGGUGGCCCAGCUCAUAAGCAUUUGGAGCCAGGUGAUGUGCUUGUGAGGGUGAAUGGGGAAGUCCUUACUCAGUUUCUGAAACUAGAGACUUUACUUGAUGAUAGUGUUGACAAGAGGAUAAAUUUGCAGAUUGAAAGAGGUGGCACUUCCUUAACUGUAGAGUUAGUGGUUCAAGAUUUACACUCCAUAACUCCUAACUAUUUCUUAGAAGUAAGCGGUGCAGUGAUCCACCCUCUUUCCUACCAACAGGCUAGAAAUUUUCGUUUCAACUGUGGUCUUGUUUAUGUUGCAGAACCUGGAUAUAUGCUCUAUAGAGCAGGAGUUCCUCGGCAUGCCAUAAUAAAGAAGUUUGCAGGAGAAGAUAUAUCAACACUUGAUGAGCUGAUCUUGGUUUCAAGUAAGUUGUCUAGGGGUGCUCGAGUGCCGUUGGAAUAUAUAAGCUACAUGGAUCGGCAUCGGAGCAAGUCUGUCCUGGUUACAGUUGAUCGGCAUGAAUGGUAUGCUGCUCCCCAAAUAUACACUCGUGAUGAUAGUUCUGGGUUAUGGACAGCAAGACCUGCAUUGGCUCCUGGGUCCCUACUUUUAUCUUCAAGCAUCAAUGGUGGCAGAUUGGCUAGUGGGACAGUUGCAUCAACAGCUGGUGAAGCUGUUAUGGUAGAACAAAUACAUCAAAACAACAGCAAAGGGUGUACAGAUGGCUUAAAUACUAUGGAGACUAGUUAUGAACAUGCACAGGUGUUACAUUCUCGGGAAGAACCAAAUGUUGAAACCAAGAAGCGGAGAGUGGAAGAAAAUUCAUUUGUGGAUGGUGCUAUUAUUACAUCAGACUGUUCAAUGCAAGAGCCUACAGAAGAAAAGUUGGAGGACCCGAGAACCUUGGAAAACAUUGGCGUCGGAGAGGAUCAAUCAGCAGUUGCUUCUAAUGCAUCCAUAGCUGAGCGAGUGAUAGAGCCUACUCUCGUAAUGUUUGAGGUGCAUGUGCCAUCAUCGUGUAUGGUUGAUGGUGUUCACUCACAGCAUUUUUUCGGGACUGGUGUUAUUAUAUAUCAUUCUCAGCACAUGGGAUUGGCCGUGGUUGACAGGAACACUGUAGCCAUAUCUGUUUCCGAUGUGAUGCUGUCAUUUGCUGCAUUUCCGGUGGAAAUUCCUGGGGAGGUGGUUUUCCUUCACCCAGUUCACAAUUAUGCUCUUGUUGCAUAUGAUCCUUCUGCUCUUGGAGCUGCUGGUGCCUCAGCUGUACGUGCUGCAGAACUUCUUCCUGAACCUGCUUUGCGCCGAGGAGAUUCAGUCUAUCUUGUGGGUUUAAGUAGAAGCCUGCAAGCGACAUCAAGGAAAUCCAUUGUUACCAAUCCUUGUGCAGCCCUCAAUAUUGGCUCAGCUGAUUGCCCACGUUACAGAGCAACCAAUAUGGAAGUCAUUGAGCUUGAUACUGAUUUUGGUAGUACAUUUUCUGGUGUACUCACUGAUGACCGUGGAAGGGUUCAAGCAAUUUGGGGGAGCUUUUCCACUCAGCUGAAAUAUGGUUGUAAUACGUCUGAAGAUCAUCAGUUUGUUAGAGGUCUUCCAAUUUAUGCAAUCAGUCAAGUCCUUGACAAGAUCAUUAAUGGUACCAAGGGGCCACUGCUGCUGAUAAAUGGUGUUAAAAGGCCUAUGCCUCUUGUUAGGAUGUUAGAGGCUGAACUUUACCCGACUUUGCUAUCCAAAGCUAGGAGUUUUGGACUGAGUGAUGAGUGGGUCCAAGCUCUAGUCAAGAAAGAUUCAAUAAGGCGUCAAGUUUUACGUGUUAAAGGUUGCUUGGCUGGAUCAAAAGCUGAGAAAGUGCUAGAACAAGGUGACAUGCUUCUAGCAAUUAACAAAGAACCUAUAACAUGCUUCCGUGACAUAGAAUGUGCUUGUGAAGAGUUUGACAAAUAUGGUGACAAUGAAAGGGGACUUAAUAUGACUAUUUUUCGACAGGGACGAGAAAUCGAACUUGUUGUUGGAACAGAUAUCAGGGAUGGCAAUGGUACUACACGAAUGGUGAAUUGGUGUGGAUGUAUUAUUCAAGAUCCUCACUCAGCAGUGCGUGCACUAGGGUUUCUUCCUGAAGAGGGGCAUGGUGUGUACGUGGCAAGAUGGUGUCAUGGGAGUCCAGUACAUAGAUAUGGUUUAUAUGCACUGCAGUGGAUAGUUGAAGUUAAUGGGAAACUCACUCCUGAUUUGGAAGCCUUUGUUGAUGUGGUAAAGGGAUUGGAACAUGGAGAAUUUGUCCGAAUAAGAACUGUCCACCUGAAUGGGAAGCCUCGAGUGCUAACUUUAAAGCAGGAUCUGCAUUAUUGGCCUACAUGGGAGCUAAGUUUUGACCCGGACAUGGCCAUGUGGCGUCGCAGAACAAUCAAAGCGUUGGACUGAAGUUUAACAUGAAUGAACCCAUUAUGGAGUUGCCGUGGGAGUUUCCGUUGGGAACCACAGUUUUUACCACUAACGGUUAUCUUAAGCUGGCCCCCUGCUGAACCAUUUGACAAGAGGAGCCACCAAUUGUGGUGUUCAUUGCCACCAUGCCAGGCUCAGCUGAAACAUCAACAGCCUUGGUUAGAACUAGACAUGAUCUGAGCUGAAAGUCGACUGCUAGUUGCAUUGUAAAUGACACAAAUUGUAUGGAUAAUUACACCCCUCACCCUCCCCUACCCCCCCAAAAAAUAAAAAAAAUGUUGGUAUGGAUCACUAUUAAUAAGGUAUGGAUUUUGAAGGAAAAAAAUAAUUAUUUUGUAUGGACUGUAUAUGAAGGAAAAGAAGGAAAAAAAUAAUUAUUUUGUAUGGACUGUAUAUGAAGGAAAAGAGUAUUUUCAGUAAUUGUUUA